AUGGGAGAGACCAUUACCACCAAGGUUGCCGAUAAUGCUGUGGCUACUGCUGGCUUUGCCAGUGAUGCUUCUGGCUGUACCAGAGGUCACCCCAACAGGAUCCAGAAUGUCUCAGUGACCAGAGGCCAGGGUUGGGUCAUGGUGGAACGUGAGCAUCUCACUAUCUCUGACCACUACCUUGUAUGGCUGAGUCCAAAGGACAACAUUUCCCAGCCUGGAGACCCAGAGCCUCUCAGACUGUGCCUAGAUGACAUAGUGAAACCCGAGCCACCAAUGCUAUUCUCUGUAGAUUUCUCUGAUGACCCCACGGUAGUCACUGUGACCUGGGGUACCCCUGCCUGGCCCCCCCAUGAGAGCUUUGAAUGUCAGUUCCGCUUUCGGGACAUCUUGUCUUUAGCAUGGCAACAGGUGGAGCUUAGAGAUUUAACCUCAUCCUUUCUGGAGCUUCGGGGUUUAGAGCCAGCCACAGGUUAUGAAAUGUCCUCCCGCUGCCAGUUGCAGAACAAUGUGGGCUUUUGGAGUGACUGGAGCUCCACCCUGAAAUUUCAGACCCUUCCAGUUGCCCCAACCAGCCCGGUGGACAUGUGGGUACUUGGGUCACCCUGUAGCAGCUCACGCCCCCAAGAAGAGUCCUAUGUUCUGCUAUGGAAGGACCUUAUGCCUGGGUCAGGGCUGAACUAUACGGUGGUGUUCCAGGGACCAGGUAGAGAUCGGCACCCUAAGGUUAUCCCCUGUUGCAAUGCCAUCCUUCCCAAUGGCACAGAGCGGAAUGAGGUCCGACUCCUUUACUGUGUUGGCACCUGGGGUACAGGGCUUUCCCGAUUAUACUUGUCUCCAGGUUCUGCUCCUAAGAGUGUCCAAGUAAACAGCAUGGGAAAUCAGGGAAUAUUGGUCAAAUGGGUACCAGAGCCACAGGAAUACCAGGAGUUUGUGGUGGAGUGGACCCAAGAAGACAUGUCUCUCCAGGAGCUGAACUGGACGCGUCUGCCAAGUGGAAGUCAGAGCGCUCUGUUGAGAGGUGAAAGGAUGAAUAGAAGAUGUGAGGGGAGAGGGGGAGGGAAGCAGGCAUGGCUUGGGGAAAAGAGAGGGCUGGAGUGGGUUUUUUCUGCAGCUUUUAUGGACUCAUGCCUCCUCCCUCUUUUCCAAGGAAACUUUGAGAAAGGAGUUCCAUACUGUGUGACUGUGAGUGGUGUUUCCCCAAAGGGCCUGGCAUUUGCCCCUCCGGUCUGGGCCUAUAGUCAGGAGAUAGAACCCCUAGAAGGGCCAGCUCUGUGGCAGCUUCCAGAUGCUGCCAGUGGGGCACUGAUGGUGGCAUGGGCAGAGCUCCCUAGAGGACAACGUGGGGGGCACUUAACACACUACACCCUGCACGUGCAGCGAGACUCAGGGUCCCUCACCCUUCGGAAUGUGAGUGCAGAUAUCCUAAAUGUGACCCUAUGGGACCUGCCUGAAGGACACUAUAAAAUGUGGAUGACAGCAUCCACCAUUGCUGGCCCUGGCCAGCCUGGCCCAAGUCUCCAGCUCUACCUCCCAGAGAGGUAUUCAGAAAGGUGGAAAGUGCUGCUGGUUGUCCUGCUGUUCUGUGGCUUGUUAUUGCUGGGCUGUUGCCUGGGCUUGGCGUUCUCCAAGUGCUGCCUCCAACUCUGUCACAAGCUUCUGCCUCAUUGGGUCUCUGAGAGAAUCCCAGAUCCCUCCAAUAGCAAGAGCAUGCAGCCUUGGGGAGAGGAGCUUCCUCAGGCUCCACCUCCCAAGGAUGCCCUUUUUGUAGAAGUGGAAGAGGUGCAGAUUACGAUGUCCCCAGCCCCCCAGACUCCAGAGACUCCCAUCCCACUUGACUCUGGGUAUGAGAAACACUUCCUGCCUACACCUGAAGAACUGGGCCUUCUGACUCUGCCCAGACCACAGACGUCCACCUGA